UUGUCGAACACCCAACCUUGCGCGCAUACACCCGGCCACGCCUACAUCAGAGUCCGCCACCAAAAUAUCAUGAUUCGAGAUGUCGAUGAGUCGCAGUACCUCGAGGCAGCGCCUGCCGUCGCCCAUCGCCCUAGCCUAGACCUCUGCAGACCCAUGGGCCCUUCCGCUAUACCCCCGAGGAUGCAAUAUCGAAGUCGACCCGUCUCCGUGGCCGUGGAUCCAGUAUCGCUGGUCUUGUCCGAAUGUAUGGCCAUCACAUCGGCCAUUCAUAAGCAUGCGCGCUCAGGCUCUAGUGUGUCCGCCAUCCUGGGCGGGAACCCGAACCCGAUUCACUUGGCUACUUCGGGUCCUUCGUCUAGGGGAUCGAAAGCUACUGGUGCCGCUCUCGGCGCUGAGGGUCCUCAAGAUAUCGCAGCCGUCAACAGAUGGGGCUUGCGUGGGAAGAAAGGCCGCAGCAUACAGGACAAUCCUCUCAUGGCGGGGUUUGGCAAGCUACGCCAUGAGCUGGCCAGCGUCAGAGAUAUCCAUGCAUUCGAUGCCCUGUCCCUCCUGAACCCGUUUCUACAGAUCAUUCAAACCAAGGGCACCGCCGCGCCUAUAACAAUUCUCACACUCGGCGCGCUCGGCAAGUUUCUCGCCUACGGAUUCAUUAGCCCGACUUCUCCCAGGUUUGCUCUCGCGAUGCAGUCCCUCGCUGCAGCAGUCACUCGGUGCCAAUUCGACGGCGAUUCCAGCCAGGUGGAAGUUGUCCUACUCAUGAUUCUCCAACUCAUGGAGAGCAUGAUGUCCGGCCCGGGAGGUGAUAUACUCAGCGAUGAGAGCGUUUGCGACAUGAUGGCGAGAGGGUUGGCCAUUUGCUCUCAGCCGCGCUUCUCUGCUGUCCUCCGCCGAACAGCCGAGGCCUCAAUGGUUCGCAUGUGCCAGAUCAUCUUUGAAGACGUGAAGCACCUCGAGGUCGAGGCUGGGGACGAGUCGGAUGCUCUCGACAAGCAGACCAUCGCAGACAUGGACAGUGUCAAGAUGGACCCUGCUGCGACCACCGCCAGCGGUCUACGAGCACCGCCGUCGGAGCCCGAAGCCCGCGUAUCGACAUCGAGUUCGACGCCCCUGAACCCGAACCGCCCGGCUCAAGGGAGCUCGGACUCUGGUGAUAGCAAGGCCGAUGCCAGUACUGGCAGUGAGCUGGAGGGAGACGGCGAGGGCGAAGGCGAGGGCGAAGAAAGCGCCGAAUCUCUUGACCUGCGGCCCUACUCGCUACCCUCAGUUCGGGAGCUAUUCCGCGUAUUGGUCGAUUUCUUGGAUCCCAACGAUCACCAGCGCUCGGACACGAUGAGAAUCAUGGCUCUGCGCAUCAUUCAUGUGGCGUUGGAGGUGUCCGGCCCAUUCAUUGCUCGGCAUCCAGCUUUAGCCGGUAUCGCGGAAGACAGGCUCUGUUGUUACCUUUUCCAGCUUGUGAGGUCUGAUAACAUGGCCCUCCUACAGGAGUCUCUCACGGUUGCUGGCACGUUACUCUCCACUUGCCGCAGCGUCCUCAAGCUGCAACAGGAACUGUUCCUAUCGUAUCUUGUUGCGUGCCUCCACCCGUCCGUAGAAAUACCUCGCGAGCCCGGUGUCGAUCCUGCAUUGUACGCUGGAAUACCGCAAUCCCCUAAGCUCGUGAAGCCACCGCCAAACAGCAGCGGAAACACGAGCGGGCGAUCGACUCCAGUGCCGGUGAAGGACCGGCAAAAGCUAGGCCUUGAGGGCGGCGCAAGAAAGCCUGAUGCGCGACAGGCCAUGGUCGAGAACAUUGGUGUCUUGUCACGAAUGCCAACUUUCAUGGUCGAACUCUUUGUCAACUACGACUGCGACGCCGAUCGCGCUGACCUAUGCGAAGACAUGAUUGGUCUUCUCUCAAGGAACGCACUUCCCGACUCUGCGACGUGGAGCACCACAAGCGUCCCUCCGCUCUGUCUGGAUGCGCUCCUCCGAUACAUACAGUUCAUAGCCGAGAGGCUAGAUGAAACACCCGUUACCGACGGCUAUAUGGAUCCCGCCGAAUUGAGGGAGCAGAGACGAAAGAAGAAGAUCAUCAUCAAAGGGACGAGCAAGUUCAACGAAAACCCCAAGGGCGGCUUGGCCUAUCUUGAGGCGCAGGGCAUCAUCGAGGACGUCAAAAAUCCUGUCGCGGUGGCCAAGUUCCUGAAGGGGACAUCCCGGGUGUCGAAAAAGAUCCUCGGCGAGUACUUGUCCAAGAAGGGAACCGAAAGCGUGCUUGAGGCGUACAUGAACCUCUUUGACUUCUCGGAAAAGCGAGUCGACGAGGCGCUCAGAGGACUUUUGGAGACAUUCAGACUUCCCGGGGAGUCGGCGUUGAUCGAGAGGAUUGUUACCUGUUUUGCCGACAAGUACUGCUCCAAGGCCACGCCAACGGAAGUUGCCAACGCAGAUGCGGUCUUCGUCCUGACGUAUGCCAUCAUCAUGCUGAAUACGGAUCAGCAUAACCCCAACCUCAAGGGCCAGAAGCGCAUGACUGUGGAAGACUUUGCGCGGAACCUGAGAGGGGUCAACGACGGCAAGGACUUCGCUCCCGAAUACUUGCAGGAGAUCUUUGACGAAAUUCGAACGAACGAGAUUAUCUUGCCCGAUGAGCACGACAAUAAGCAUGCUUUCGACUAUGCCUGGCGGGAGCUGAUUAUCAAGUCCGAGUCGGUGCAGCCGCUGGUCCUUUGCGAUACCAACAUCUACGAUGCCGACAUGUUUGCUGCUACAUGGCGCCCCAUCGUGUCGACGCUCGCCUACAUUUUCCUUCAGGCUAGCGAUGACUCUGUUUUUGCGAGGAUUGUUACCGGGUUCGACGAGUGCGCUCGGAUAGCUGCCAAGUACAACAACGCGGAGGCACUUGACCACAUCGUCUUCUCGCUGAGCCACAUGACGACGUUGGCCACCGAGACCCCCUUCAACACAAGCUUAAAUACCGAAGUCCAAGCUGGCGAAAGCAGUGUGAUGGUCAGUCAGUUGGCGGUCCAAUUGGGCAGAGACUUCCGCGCGCAGCUGGCCACCUUGGUUCUUUUCCGUGUGGUUACCGGCAACGAACGCAUGCUUCGCAAGGGUUGGAAACACGUCACACGCAUCUGGCUCAAUCUGUUUGUCAAUUCCCUGGUCCCUUCUUUCUUCCAGGAGAACUCGCCCGUCAUGGACAUCAUACCCAUUCCAUUACAGACACCAUCACAGGUCAUUGAUCGAGCUUCCAAGGAAGUGGAGACGGGUUUCUUCUCAGCAUUUGCCAGCUACAUUUCGUCUUAUGCUGCUGACCUUCCACCGGAACCUUCGGACGAGGAGCUCGAGAGUACUCUUUGCACUGUUGACUGUGUAAACCAGUGUCGCAUGGGUGAGGUUUUUGCUAACAUUGCAAAGCUCACGCCCAACGAAUUGGAGCCGCUGGUCGAUGCACUUCUGGACGCUCUGCCCGAGGAUCACAGUUCGACGGUGAUAGUGGUCAAAUCAGACAAUGUCCCAGCCUCGCCCAUAAACGGGCAGAAGGCGGCACAGACUGGUGUUGUGUACGACCCGGCGAUUGCCUACAUACUGGAGUUCAGUACAGUGCUUGCUCUGCGCGACCAAGAAACAGUCGAGCUUAUUGGCAAGCGCGUCAUCGAGGCAUUACAGGCAGUACUUCGAGACGCAGGGCGGUACCACUACAUACUCGUGUCAAGAGCCGCGUUCUACCUUUUCAAGCUCUUGCAAGUCAGCUACGCACAUGACUAUAUCAAUGUGCCGGUUCUUCUCCACACCAUCUCAAGCUUGGCAAAGGACGUCCUCGCGAAGGCUUCCGUCCAGGUUCUCCAGGGCUUGAGACUGUGCGUUGACGACCCCAGUCCGCUUCGUAACGAGAUUAUGACUUCCCCGGACUUCUGGGCCAUCAUGCGAGCCCUGGCCCUGCGUCAAGACUCCGCACCGGUUGUGUUUGAAAUCCUCGAGCUGGGCUGUGGCGGAUCGCCGCCGGCCAUCAUUGCCGACAACUACGAAGCCGCCAUCAGUCUUCUCGGGGAAUUCGCGUCUGGCGCUGGCCGAGCCGUUCUUGCAGAUGCUAAGCAGCGCAAGACUCGAGAGGGCAUGCGCGAGAGCCCCAGUCUGAACGAAGCCAUUUCACGGGGCUCCAAAGCAGUCAGCACCAUCUACAGUAUGACGGCGCGCAUUCCAUCUUUGAUGAAGCAGUCCCAUCUUGAGAAUAACGAAGCAUGGUCUGCGUACUGGCUGCCUAUAUUCCAGGCUCUCACGACGCAGUGCACAAACUCCUGUAGAGACGUCCGCCUUCAGGCUUUUACUUCGCUACAGAGAUCACUGCUAUCCCCGGAUCUUACCUGCAGCGAUCACAAAGAGUGGAUAGCCAUCUUUGGCGAAGUCCUGUUCCCGCUGAUCCACAAGCUGUUGAAGCCGGAAGUCUUCUCGUCAGAUCCUGUAGGGAUGAGUGAAAUGCGGGUGCAGGCAGCCUCGUUGCUGUGCAAAGUUUUCCUCCAAUAUCUGGUCCUCCUUUCAAAGUGGGACGAAAUGUUGGAUUUGUGGGUGAAGAUUAUCGAUAUCAUGGAUCGAUUGAUGAACAGUGGCCAGGGUGACAGUUUGGAGGAGGCUGUUCGAGAGAACCUGAAAAACGUGGUACUUUUCCUAGCGAGCAGCGGGUAUUUGGUCGCACCCAGUAAGGAUUCUUCAAAGGAGAACCUGUGGAAUGAGACAUGGAAGCGGAUUGAUCGUUUUCUGCCAGACUUAAAAAACGACCUAGCUCUAGAGGAGCCUAAGGCUAAAGCGGAGCAAGCUCCAGCGGUCGAGGCAAAUGCAUAG